GAAAUUAUAUUUACAAACUUGAAACCGGUUUGUCCGCAUAAACGAACAGGCCCCAGCUGUGUAUGGGCCCUGACCGGACGUUGGGCUAUCUGUGAUGGAGUUGUUUACAUUGUAUCGAAACACUCAUACCAAGAUGAUACUAACAGUAGAAUUACCAGGAAUGAGGGGUAAUCCAGUAUCCAUGUAAGCAUGGAUUAUGCUCCCCCACCUCCCAGAGAAAGAUACAAGCAUCUUAGAGAUCCUGAGCUACGCAGAAAGAGUUACAAGAAAUGGCCUUCCAGUACUAGUGAAUCUCUUCUAAAGGAACUUAUUGACGAAGGAUUUUUCAGUAUUGAUGAGGAAAAACGGAAAGUACAAUGUGUCUACUGUGGUGGUGUUCUGGUUGGUAUAGAGGAGGGACAAAAUGUUCAUAUAACACAUUAUAGACAUUUUCCAAAAUGUGAAAGGUUCAAGUGGCGUGAAUCUGAUUUUGAAGCCCUGUUUGGUCAUCAUGCUAAUGGUAUUGCUAAUGGCAUUCAUAAUUUAGCCCUGGCUGAUGGGGCAAUGGCUAAUGGCAUAUCCUUAGAUUCGACAGAUAAAGGAUGUGUAGAUGACGAUCUUGAAGUUGAUGGUUCAGUUUCUGCUUAUUUAGAUGGAAGACAGAGAGACUCCUCACACCCAUUUUACGUAAGAGGAGAGGAAAAAUUCCCACGCCAUAUCUAUUAUGCACUGAAUAUAGAUCGGAUGAAAACUUUUAAAAAAUGGCCUGAUGAUUCAAAUCAGACACCUAGUGCCCUUGCAGCAGCAGGACUUUUUUAUACAGGAGUGGAGGAUGUGUGUGAGUGCUACUGUUGUGGCGGUCAGUUGGAGGGCUGGGAACCUGGCGACAAUCCUCAGACAGAACACGACCAAUGGUUUGGUGAUAAAUGUCCUUUGACCUUGGCAAGGAAUGGAAAACUAAAUACAACAUAAAGACAAAAGAUAUCAAAACAUGAUAACGUCAACUGCGGAGAUAUGCCACGUCAUUUGUCCACUUGAAAAAACAGAAUACGGACCUACGAAAUCAAAGAUGGCCGACCAGUCACGAGUUGCAAGUUACUUUUCAUACCCUUAUUCAUCUUCAUUGAGUGCUAUUGUGCUGUCAGAUGCAGGUUUUCACUAUGCUGGGCGUGGUGAUGCAGUGGUUUGUCAUUUUUGCGAAUUAAAGUACGAUGGAUGGAAGAAGGAAGAUGAUCCGAGAUCUAUACAUUUAAUGAAAUCUCCGGAGUGUCCAUUCUUUCGAACAAGCGAAUCUGAAGCUGCAUCGAAAUCUCUCAAAGACGAAAUCGUUUCGCAUGUCUUUUGUAGUCCACCCAAAGACACAGAAGUAGACAAAAGAUUGGACGGUAGCACACGACAACAGGUAGAUACUAGUACAUAUACAUCAUUUGUUAUAUCACAGGAAGCGGAAACUACCAUCGAACCGACCCCACAGGUACCGGGAGCAACAAAAUCAAGUCAAAAUGUGCCUGACAACAUUUCAAACCGAUGGCCUAGAAAUGAUGCCGUAUAUCAACGUGAAAAUGAAGACUUUUCAAGAACGGAAUAUUCCGACGUGGCUCCAAAUGACACACAAAAAUUAGAAUCACGUGAUCAACACACAAGGACAGAUUCUUCUAGCACAAACAUUGAUUUCUACAAAUCAUUCGGAUGCCAUAAUAAUUCCUGCUUCGACAGAGGCUUUGACAACAUGUCGACCGAAAUACCAACAGUACGCCAUAUUAGCCACACGCCUCGACUCGUACAGACAGUGGCCCUUGCAUCUCCAACAACGACCCGAGGACCUUGCUAAAGCAGGGUCUCUUCUAUGAAGGGACACACGACUAUGUGAGAUGCUUCCAUUGUGCAGGAGGAUUACGUGAAUGGGACCCGGAAGAUGAUCCUUUCUAUGAACAUGCGCGAUGGUUCCCGUUUUGUCCGUUCAUGAGACUGACCAAGGGAGACAAAUUCAUAAUGGGUGUCCAGUCGGGAGCAAUCAAACCAUCUGAUACACGGGAACUGAAAUCAAAUCCAAGUAAGGAAUUAAACUUGUUUGAUCACCCAGCUGUGCUAAGUGUUAUGGAGAUGGGAUACAGUAAAACCCUCAUAGCUAAAGCCAUAACAGUUUACAAAAAGCGUCACGGUAAGGGAAUGGGAUUAAGUGCCGGAAAGCUGUUGACUAUUGUUUGGGAAGUCGAAGAAGAUGAGAACAUUGACGUUAUUCCAGGAGAGGACAUUUUGAAUAACGAACACACGAACCAUGAUGGAACAGAAAAACGACCUGAAAGUAAAAGCGACGAAACGAAAGUAGAAACGACAACAGAAGGUCCCUAUAAAGAUAUUGAUGAGCUAGCAGAGGAAAACCGGGAACUUCGUGAACAGAAGACAUGUAAGGUGUGUCUAGACGAGGAGGCCAGUAUAGUGUUCCUACCCUGUGGACAUUUAGUCACGUGUCCAAUGUGUGCUUCAGCUUUACAGAAAUGUCCAGUGUGUCGGACUUACAUCCGGGGCACGGUCAAGGCUAUUGUGUCAUAAAGUACCAGACCAGAGUUGUUUUGGUACCAGGCCGGAGUUGUUUUAGUACUAGGCCGGAGUUGUUUUGGUACCAGACCGGAGUUGUUUUAGUACUAGGCCGGAGUUGUUUUGGUACCAGGCCGGAGUUGUUUUAGACAGAUGUAUGUGUGAAUACUAAACUGUAAAACUUGUGUUCCUUGCGAUUUUUUCCUAUGUGGUUUCUUAUCAGCUUCGCUGCAAAAACAAUUACGCUUACUUGAUCAUAAGGUCUUGGGUGACUUACAAUAGGUAUUACGAUUUGUAAAUUAAGUACUGUCAAUGAAUGUUAAAAAAAUACUCAUACUCUAUCACCUCACAAAGACGUUGGGAAGUGCAUGGUGAUGAUCUGAACUUCAGCCUACUGAGGAAUCAAGAGUUACUAUAAUGAUUGUUGGUGUCAUGCUUUAGAGGCUGCUUGAGUCCGUUACCAGAGUAUGGAAAUGUAAUGUCACGGAAGGUUGGUAUUGAAGUUGAUGAUGCUAUGAACUGUGUAGUAACUCUUAUGAUAGCGGUGAAACAUCAAAGACAUGUCAACUCAUAAUAAAAGAUAUAAAUACACCAA